GGGGUUUUGUCUUUAAACCCUGUUCUUCCUUUUUCUAGGGUCCCUCCUUUCUGUGCAUGAGCAAGGCACUCAAAUUUCUGAUCAAUCCAUUCAACUCGUCGAAAGCUACUGGAGGCGAAAAACCAGGUCAGUUAUGUUGGGAAUUCUCCAUAGAAGACUUCAGAUCUCACUUCCCAGAAAUGGAGUUUUUGUCUCCAAAUCAAACCCCGAACUUGGUGUUCUUACCGCUACAUUCUCUUCGUCUGCAAUAGCUGGGCAGGACAAGAUCGAAAAAGGAAAUUUUCUUACAGUUUCAUUCCUCAUAAACUCAUGUGGGUUGUCCCCAGAAUCCGCCAUUGUAACUUCCAAGAAGGUAAAUUUCCGAAACCCAGAAACACCUGAUUCUGUUCUUGCGUUCUUUAGAGACCACAAAUUCUCGGAAACCCAGAUCUCGGCUUUCAUAAGGAAACGCCCAAGUUUCCUUCUAACGGAUCCCAGUAAAACACUUUUGCCCAAGCUUGAGUUUUUCUACUCCAAAGGGUUUUCCAAGGAGGACUUUGCGAAGAUUUUGUCUUCCGACCCUUCUAUUUUGUGUAGAAGCUUGAAUGGUUAUAUUAUUCCAACUUAUAAUUUACUCAAGAGUGUUUUGGCUUCUGAUAAACAAGUGGUCUCUGCUCUAAAGCACCAAUGGGUACCCUUGGAAGGUCAUUCUGAAUAUAUGUUGUCGAAUAUCAGGCUAUUGAGAGAUUUAGGAGUUAGUGAUUCAGGUAUAGCUUCUGUACUGCAAAGUUUUCCUGAGGUUGUGAUGCCAAAGACUGAAGCGUUCAGUGAAAUUGUGAAGAAGGUUGAACACCUGGGGUUUACUCCGGAGAAAUUCUCGUUUUUAUUGGCGAUUCGGAUAUUUUCGACGAAGAGCCAUACGAAUGCGUGGAAACGGUGUUGGGAGGUUUACAAGCGUUAUGGUUGGUCUGAAGAUGAGAAUCUCCACGCGUUUAGGGUGCACCCGCAAUGCAUGCUGUUGUCAGAGGAGAAGAUUGUGAAGACGAUGAAUUUUCUAGUGAACGAAAUGGAAUGGCCGUCAGAGAAGAUUGUGAAGUGCCCAUGGAUUCUGUUUUACAGCUUUGAGAAGAGGACGUUUCCCCGAUGUUCGGUGGUUCGAGUUUUGUUGUCGAAAGGACUGAUCAAAAAGCGAGAGCUUACAUUUGUUAGCAUUUUGAAAUGUGUGGAGAAGGACUUCUUGGCCAGGUAUGUGACAAAGUACCCGGAGGAAGCGCCUUUGUUGUUGAGUGUGUAUCAAGGAAAAGCUGAUCCCGAAAAACUAGUCUUGGUAGAUUAAAUUUUCUGAAACAAUAACUGAUAAUUGCCGACUUUUAAGUAAUCUUUUGGCCUGUUUGAUUCAUAGGUUUUGAACAGAGAAUUUGACUAGAAAUUUGAUUUUUUUUUAGAGAAAAAAACUGUAACAAAAAGUGCGAAACGGGCUCUUACUU